GUGGUUUUAGCUAAUAUAUGACGUUCAAGUACUGUACCGGUACACUAGCGGUACCGUAAAACACGGACGAAGCCAUCUUGAUUCGAAAAUCUCACGUAUGAUUGCAAAGAUUGUGAAGCUUUCAGAUGAAUGAGUAUUCGUUUCUAUGGCAACAAUGUUGAUAAGUGACAAACGCACAGUCGUCGGCUAUUCAAGCAUUGGGAAUCUUGGUUAAUUCUGCUUUGUCUGCUACAGCGGUACAGUGUGAGAAAACUGCUAAUAAUCACUGGUGUUGAAACUUAUUUUACAUCUACACAAUGCCACGAGGAAAAUCAGGUAUGAGUCAUCCAUCAGAAGUCAGUGAUGCAGAUCUGGAAGGAUUUGCGGAAACUGAGCUUGAGAAGCUGCAGAGGAAAUAUAGAAUUAUGGAAGGAGAUAGACAGGCAUAUGCACUUGAAUCUCAAGAUUUGAUUAGAAGACAACUUGCUGAAAUUGAAAAGUUACAAUCAGAAAGAAGUGAAUUGAUGAAGGAUCUAAAUCUUGCUGAGAGUAAAUGCAAUCAAGACAAAGAUAAAACUAAUAUCAGUGAUUUGAUAAAACUUCUGGAUGAGAAAGAUUUGUGUGAACAAGAAAUUGAACAGGAGAGAGAAACUCAAGAAAAACUUGAUGCAGAAAUAAAAGAAUGGGAGAAGAAAGUAAAAGAUCAAAGAAUAAAUAUGGGAGGAAAUGAGGCUACAAGAUGUGUUGCACAACAAACUCAAAAAAGAAUGAGUGUACUAGAAGGAAGGCUUCAUAGGGCUCUGUCAAAAUUUAAUACUUCACUGACUAAAAAUGCUACUCUCCGAGAUCACAUUGAAACUUUAAGGAUUGAGAAAGGACGUUUCCAGCAACUACAUAAAAAACUAGACAAGGAAUUAAAAGAUCUGAAAAGAGAGAUUGGCCAAGUGAUUGAAGCAUCUACUCUUGCUUAUGAUCAAAGAGAUGAAGCCCAGAAUAAAAUACUCUUAUUGAGAGAGAAAUCAGAGAAGGAUCUUCAACAAUUCAAUGCUGAAAUAAAGGAACUACAAAGAGUGAUUGAUCAUGAUAAGACUCUUCGUGAAUUCAUGAUGGUGAAGGGAAUAACAAGAAGUACGGAAGAUGGAAUGCUGGAUAGAAAAGGAAAAGAAAUGAAAAAGAGAGGAGAUGGAAGAAAAAGUAUUGAAUCAUAUGAAAAUGCGUUCAGAGAAAUUGAAGAAAUCACUGGACAGACUGAUAUUGAUGCUCUUGUAGCCAAGUUCAUACAAGUGGAGGACAACAAUUUUGCACUCUUCAAUUACGUAAAUGAACAGAAUAAUGAAAUUGAAAGACUUCAUGAUGCGAUUGAGCAGAUUCUUAAAAACAUCCAUGGAUUUGAAAGUGAAGGAGAUCAAAUGGAAUCAGAAAGAGCAGAAAUAUUGAGAGAUCUCGAGCAUUCAAUAUCCGUUGCUUCAAAGGAAUCAGAACACAGCAAGAAACAACUCACAAAUACUCUCAAGAUACUGGAUCAACUUAAAAGAGGGAUUUCUUCCAUUUUCAACAAGAUUGGUUGCGAUAACCAAGCACUCAGUGAUUUACUGGGAAGUGCAGAAGGUGUUAAGGAUGACAAUAUGAUGCAAUAUCUUGGUUUGGUCGAACAAAGAGCAAAUGAAUUACUUGCUGCACAGGCAUAUAUAGAUUCCCAGGACUUUGAAAAGCCUUACGAUGCACAAGAGAGAGCUCGAAUGCUACUAGGACAAAGUCCAUCAACUCCUGUUCCACCUUUGCUCAUUGCACCUCCAUCUACUGGUGAUUUGAGACAAAGAGCUAAAAGAAACAAACUGUUAGCCAAUGUAUUGGAAAUGAAAGAGGAGUAUGAUAGUGAGGAGAUGGAAGCAAUGAGUGACGAAGAGAGUAGACCGUUCACACAAGAGGAACUCAAAAAUAGAAUCAUGAAAGCGGUUUUGAAGAAGGAAGCAGCUGCUGCUAAAAAGGGUUUUAGAUAUGACCUGUCAGCAGCAAAGAAAAAGUAACAAAUCUACUCAUUUAUCAACGAAGAGAUAAAGUUGUUAAUUUUAUAGUCAAUCCAAAGUAUAUCAUUGAAAUUUUGUAUCAUAUAACUCGAACCAAAAGUAUUCUUCAAAAUUAAAAGCGUAUCGUUUUGUAUUGGACAUUAUUUUAAUUCAGUAACAUAAAAAAUAAUAUGUCCAAAAUUCCAGUCAACAAAAACUGAAAAUUUAGAUUCAAUGGUUUUUGAAAGCUUUGUCCGAAUUAGAUUGUUUUAAUAUAUAAUCAGAAAUAAAGUUUUUAAAUCACUACCGUAAUAGCUCUCCAUCAUAAAAGCAUUAGUCUUGUUAAUCAGAACAAAUACAUAUAAAAAUUCAAGUUGCAAUUGCAAUAAUAGGGACAACAUUGGCAAUUUACUCAUCAAUAACAUUUUCUAAUCUCAUCGGUCUGUAAAUUCUGUUUUGAUAUUUUUUUGUUCGUACUAUAAGUACUAUAUAUUAUUUGUGGUUUUACCUAUAUAGUUUAUAUCAUAUAAUCUUCCUAAAUUAGCUAGCUGCAUUAAUUGCCUUGUUCUUCAAUCAUUAGAGGCUUUUGUAAUAUACUUUCUGUGUAUAAGAAAUACCCAAAUACCUGAGCUACAAAUCUUACCACAAUACAAUUACCUAUGAGAGAUGCCUAUCUAGGAAUAAUUUCACAUCCAGAGUGCCUUUGUAUAAAAUAUUCUAUAUUAUUCUUUUUUAUGAAAAAGUUGUGAUACAUUAUCAUUAUCAUAUUGUAAAACAAAUUUGAUAUUCUCAAAAAAAUGAGGAUUUCUUCUUAAAAAACUUUUUGGAGCAAUGAUAUUUUGUGUCUAAUCUUUUUUGAAUAAUUCUCUUAUAUUUCGACUGGCUUGUUAAAUAAGUUCUUGUUAUAUGAUUAAUUUCUGUCGACCAGUUGUAGUAUUCUGAUUAAGAUUUACUAGCAAUAUAUAUUCUUUUAGAGUCUUAUUCUAUCGCAGUAUCUUGGACGAUUGAGCAAUAUAUUCUAUGGGUUGUUGUGCUAUAUUUUUUACUGCUAUACGGUUUUUCAGUAGUUAGAUUUCUAGUUUUUUACGUUGAAAUUUAGAUGUUUUGUUAUAGAUAAUCAACCACUGUUGUUGUUAAUAAAAGGUGUUAGCACAUGUG